AAAUUGCUGGCACAGCGUUCAGGCUGGCGAGGGACAAAUGUUCCUUUGUUCCCGUGGAUUCACUGAACGUGCGUUGGCUCCUGGGGCAGCACAGAUGCCUCACAGGUGGUCAAGUGCGACACAUUCGGUUUGACUGAAUCAGCGUCUUCACAUCCCUUCAUGCGGUUGUUCUCUGGGAUGAACCAUCAGUAUACCCGUCGGGAGGUCUUCUGCCGAAACACCUGCCAUGAUCUCAAGCGUUUCUGGGAAAGGGAAAUUGGCAAACAGACUUACUACCGAGAAUCGGAGGAGUAUCGUCUAGGAAGAAGCGCACUGAGAAAGCUCAGAGAAGAAUGGAAGCAGAAGCUGGAAACAAAGCUGAGGCUGCGGAACAAUCCAGAGGACGCGGAAAAGCGAACAAACGUUGGUUGAGAGCUUCCAGCUUCAUUGACACAAGAAGACGCAAAAUGCUGAGGUCACUUUGCUAGAAGUCAAUGCAAAUCCCUGGGUCCCUCUGCUAUACCGGUCAGAUCUCACACUAUUGUUUCCCUACCUGGGAGAGGAUUUGCUCGUAAACCCUUUCCCAGAGCUUAUGGCAGUUAUUGGCCAAGUCAGUCCUCUGUGCAUAGGCGCCCGGUUAUUAUCGCAAAUGUCUCUAAAGAUAGCUUAUUUAACAGCAAAGUUCUGUGCAGCAUUCCUUAUUUCUACACAAUUGUCUUCUAAUUUUGAAAUCCAAAUAUUUUCAACUCUAAACACACCAAGGGGAGUCCUCGACCUUCAAGGUCAAACUUUAAACACUGCACAGUGGUAUUGCCCCGCCGUUUCACCUAGGAAACAGUUUUAUAUAAUUCUCUUUUUCUUUUUAAGACAAGAGAAAUGCACCUAUCCACAGGAAUUUAAAAAAAAAUUGUGAAUAGUCAAAGUACAGUUUGAAAAUAAAUUGAUCUAAUUUUUUUCUUCAUAUAAAUGUAAUUGGCUUUUUCAAAAAUACAUUUGCUAAGGCUAAUAUCAGGAUAAUUUUAAUAAAACUUGGUCGUCCUGUCAUCACUAUGCACAUGCCUUUGUUUUAUGGCUUUAUUUUAGAUCUCUUCAUGUUUGCACUGCUUGGCUCUCUGCUAACCCAGUCAAAGCACAUCUGGCCACUCCACAGUGUUCACCACAGAUUCUGGAUGUUGAAAUGGUACAGUCACUCGCUUGCCAUCUCUCAAGUUCAGAAGCACCAGGGCUGGAUGCUCCUGAGAGUGCAAACUGUAACUGGGCCCAAGGCAAUCACUUUAACCAAGGAAAGGGAGAAGAGAUGCAAUGAUGUGAAGUCCUGGGUACCUGCUGGCUAUAAGCAGCACCUGCCAGGCCUUGUGUACUACACACAGAGGCAACGCUUAUGGCAGACACACCUGACAGCAACAAGUUAAGCAAAUACACUGGGAAUGACCUUAUCAUCCCAAUUGAUAAUUAUCUAAGAAAAAUGUGUGUUCGGAAUCCAGACAAGCUAAGGAACCUGGGAGUGGCCAACCUGGAGUUUCAUGCGGUAACCGUAACGGACAUCUGAACCCCCAGCCAUCCUUUGGAACACAGUUGUACAGGGGAUCAAAGCCUUCUGCUUUGGGUUAGAUGGCGGUUGCUAAGUGGAGGGUGCUAACUGAAAACGCUGUAUAAACCGCAUGCUUUUUACAGAGAUUAGUGGUUCUUUUCCCCAGCCUGCUGCCACUGGACCAUCCCUGAAUGUAAGUUCCCCCAAUAAACCGUACAGCUCACUC